CCUCUAGGUGUAACCUCUGGCGCCUUCCGUGGGGGUUGCUGCACUGUAAAGCCUUAUUUGGGUUCUCUAGGUGUAGUCACUGUGCACUUGUACCUUAGUUAUGUCACUGUAGCCAUGUACCAAAUGUGGAUCAUUACUUAAACCUUUGUUUCAGAAUAGUAUAACUAUUUUCUAACGUACUGUUCGUCACUGUAUAGAGUGGCAAACACACACACGCACGUCGUUGUCAUUCAUGUCGUCGUGGCUGUUGUCUGGGACAUCGACUACGUCAUCGUCGGCGUUACCACAAACACCACCACCACCGACCGACUAGAGCAGUCUUCCAGCGGUCAAUACACCUCAGUAACGCUCCUGGCGUAGAGUUUUGUCUGCUCUGUGUCCGUGUACAACAACACCGGAUCAGAAAAGUCCUUGAAUUAGUCUUAAGGAGACGAAUCAACCUGAACUUGAUCCUCCCCCCUAAUAACAGUUCGAGAAACCGUACGAGUCAAGUGCAGAAAUUAGAGACUAUCAGGUGAUAAGGUGGACUUGAGGAAUUUGAACUUGAACUGUAACCAAAUCACCCAAUUCCGGACCUCCAAAAUUGAGGAAUAAAUUCUAAGCCGCUACAGGUUAUUGGUGCUGGUAGAGGCAUCAGCGCAACGCUGAGGAAGAGAUGGCGUACAUGGUGCCCCCGGGGUUGGAGGACCUGGCUCAGCUCGACAAGGUCUUGGUGAAGCAACACAUUGAAUUUCUUGAAGUAUUCUUAGGAUGCGAGAUGAACAACAAAUAUUCGUUGAAGAACUCUAUGGAUCAGGAGUUCCUGCAGGCGAAGGAGAACACAGACUGCUGCAGCCGGAACUGUUGUGGUCCGAUGAGAGCCUUUGAAAUGGCCCUCAUCAAUAGCCAGGAGCAAGAGAUAAUCCAUCUCUCUCGACCGUAUACUUGUAUACACUGCUGCUGGCCAUGUUGUCUUCAGCGCCUGGAGGUGUCUUGCCCGCCUGGAACCCCGUUGGGCAGCGUUCACCAGGAGUGGGGCUUCUGUACUCCCAUUGCUGCUAAGUUCAGCGUCAGGAAUGUCUCUGGGGACACCGUCUUCAUAAUCCAGGGCCCCGUCUGUACCAUGAGCUGCGGGAGCGACGUUGUCUUCAAGAUACUCUCGGAAGACGGUUCGGAUCAGGUCGGUAACAUAACGAAGCUGUGGCGUGGAUGCUGUUCCGAGGUCCUGACAGACGCUGAGAAUUUCAGCAUCACCUUCCCUAUGGAACUCGAGGUUCGGAUUAAGGCACUACUCGUCGGCGCCGCCUUCCUUAUAGAUUUUAUGUAUUUUGAAAAGCAACGGGAUUAGUAAACCAAAGAAGUGGCCACCACCCUUAGUACCUCUUCUCCGUGUUCCAGCGAUGCUUCCCAAGUGUGUAUAGCAUCAUGUGGCCUCGACCCACACACAGGGAGACGGUGUAAGGUCUACGCAGAACAGCGUACAUUGUCCACAAGACCUUCCUUCGUGUUAUUGUGUAUUAUGGUAUCCGGUUACCACAAGGUUGGCGUGAAUGCUUAUCAGUAAAGCUGGUCACCCGCGCACCGUUUUGUAUUUGAAUCUUGAUACGGUAUAGGAGAGAGAGGGAGAAGGGGAGGUAGGGGGGGGGGGGGACGGGGGGCGUGUUGAAGAUGAUCGUCAACAUGAAUUAAGACAAUGGGGUGUAUGAUUGCGACACCCGCGGCCUUCUCUGCCCUGAAUAUUAUCUCCUUCGUCACAUAUACCUGUGAUCUUACCUGUCUACACUUUCCCAUUAUCUGCAUAUUGAUAUAUCUAUUAUGAUCUGUCUCCUAGUUCCACACACUACAUUUCCUGUACAGUAUUUGCUCCCUGCUGUCUCUCAUCCCUGCAUGUCCUAAUCCCUCUUCUCCUCAUCCCUUGCAUGUCCUGCUACAAUCCCUUCUCUCACUACAUGUCCUUCUCCCUCCUCUUGCUUCCCUGCUUCGUCCUACUCUCUUCUUGUCUCCUCUCUUCGCUUCUCUACCUUUUCAUGUAUGUGCCUUCUCGUAUUGUUUUGAUUAUGACUGAACAUCAGAGCCUUCAACACCAGCCAGAGGUUGGAGGACUUACCGAUGUUUAUAAGACCAAUAUUUUCAAACGUUCAAUACCUGGACCAACUAUAUAUUAGAUAUACAUGGUUCCCAAUAAUGCCAAAAUACGGAAAUUUAGUUACUAGCAACUUUGUAAUAUUCUAUGAUAUUCUUAUCCGUAAAUUAGUUUUCAUUUCAUGUUUGCAAACAGCUACACCAUUGUAAACUAUUUCAAACAUUGAUAUCCUUCACCCUUUGACUUCAGAGCUGGUGUUAUUACUUCUUUAUAAAUGCUCGAACUGUAACGUUCAAUAUGUGGACAAUACCUCACGAAAUUUUAAACACCGUAUAUGAGGGCACAAGGUCAUAACUUACCUCAGUGAUUUACCCUCCCUUGGGGCAAGUUGCUUCCUGUGCUAUUCGAGAGCACUGCGAGGAAAUGGGGCCACCCUUUCACUGACAGUCAAUUCCCUGGGCUGUUUCCUGGUUCGUAACGUCUGGAACUCAAUAUCUCGGGGGAACUAUUUCAAUAGUUAGAAUGAGACCUCAUUUGAACGGCUCGGAGUCCUCGACUCACGCAAUAAUUGUCGUCUUCUUUGAAGUAUGUAGUUGAGUUUUAGAUAUAUAUAUUAUUUAUGUCUAUAUUGUAUAUAUUAUUUAUGUCUAUAUUGUGUAUAUAUUUUGGAUCUCUAUUAUGACAAUAAUAUAUUUUAUGUUUAAUU